CACUUGGUUACGUAAACCACGCCGGGUAAAGGCGGAAGCCCUGAGCAGUUGGUCGCCACCGUCACGCGCCUUCGUCCCCUCCCCCCUACCCUUCCGGCGCUUCCCCUUCCCUUUCCCUCGCCGGAGAGAGCGCCGCCGCCGCCUCCUUCUCAGCCCCAGCCGCUUCGGGAGGUGUAGUAGUAGGAGGAGGAGGAGUUGGGUUGGGGAACCAUGGCGGGGAGGUACGACCGCAACCCCUUCGACGAGGACGACGUCAACCCCUUCGCGGGUGGAAGUGUACCUCCUGCUUCUAAUUCUCGGAUGCCACCUCUUCCUCCUGAACCUGGGUUCUAUAAUGACCGUAGUGCCACAGUGGACAUCCCUCUUGAUUCAACCAAGGACAUGAAGAAAAAGGAGAAAGAACUGCAAGCAAAGGAGGCUGAGCUAAACAAACGGGAAAGGGAGUUGAAAAGAAGGGAAGAAGCUGCAUCCAGAGCUGGGAUUGUCAUUGAAGAGAAAAACUGGCCACCCUUCUUCCCCAUUAUUCAUCAUGACAUUUCAAAUGAGAUACCAAUCCACCUACAAAGGAUGCAGUACCUUGCAUUUUCUUCAUUGUUGGGAUUGGCAGCAUGUCUUUUUUGGAACAUAAUUGCGACUACAGCAGCAUGGAUUAAAGGGGAAGGUGUUAUGAUCUGGUUGCUAGCCAUUAUCUACUUCAUCUCAGGUGUACCUGGAGCCUAUGUGCUAUGGUAUCGUCCCCUUUACAAUGCAAUGAGGACUGAGAGUGCUUUGAAGUUUGGAUGGUUUUUCCUGUUCUACUUGAUCCAUAUACUGUUCUGCAUCUGGUCUGCUGUGGCUCCCCCAUUUCCUUUCAAAGGAAAAUCUUUGGCUGGGAUUUUGCCGGCUAUUGAUGUCAUAGGAAACAACGCUAUUGUGGGAAUAUUUUACUUCAUUGGAUUUGGACUAUUCUGCCUUGAAUCACUGCUAAGCGUUGUUGUCAUCCAGCAAGUAUACAUGUACUUCCGUGGAAGUGGGAAGGCUGCCGAGAUGAAACGUGAGGCAGCCCGUGGUGCCAUGAGAUCGGCCUUUUGAUAGAGCGCGGCGUUGACGGAUGGAAGAGAAUAGGAUGUGUCAUUCGGUGGCGGCGUCUUGUACAUCCCUACACCUAUGUUGUGCGCCUCUAGGUUACUCCCGUUUACAGCAUAUAGCUAAAGGAUCUCUCUCACUUACUGUAAUAUAUGUUCUCUGGGGCCUUGUAUGGAUACCUCAACGCUUUUUAUCUAGGUUCAGAUGUGCCUAUA